AUUUCAUGGUGAGACGGCUACUGAGAAAGAAAGAAAAUUAACGGGGGGUUAAGAGAAAGAAAAUUGUGAAAGAGGGAGGAGUUGGAGGGUCGUAGUGAAGGUGGGUAGGGAAGACCGAUGUUUUAUACUAAUUAUUUAAAUAUUCUUUUAUAUUCUAGAUAUUUUUUUUCGAUUUUAAUCAAGUGUUUGGUAGAAAAUUUGGUGAAGUAAAAGGGCUCAGUUUACGAUCUGAGUCAAAUACAAAAGUCUCUACUCACCAAACAAAUUCACCAACCAAAUUCAAGAAACAAGAACGGAAAAUGGCAUCGUCUCUCCUUACCAAACAGUUUAUCGGGGCUCCGUUUUCCAGCUUCGGGUCGGUUCAGCUACCAUCCAAGUUUACCUCUUCCAAUUUCCAAAUCCCAGCUCACCGGUCACAGCACAAACGACUAGAGAUACAGGCUGCCGGUAGUACAUAUGGAAAUUAUUUCCGCAUUACUACGUUUGGAGAAUCUCACGGUGGUGGUGUUGGUUGUAUAAUUGAUGGAUGCCCCCCUCGACUCCCACUCUCAGAGUCAGAUAUGCAAGUGGAACUUGACAGGCGGAGGCCAGGUCAAAGCCGAAUUACCACACCAAGAAAAGAGACUGAUACUUGCAAAAUAUCAUCAGGCACUGCCGAUGGUUUGACUACGGGAUCUCCAAUCAAAGUUGAAGUACCCAACACUGACCAGAGAGGAAAUGACUAUAGUGAAAUGUCCCUUGCGUAUAGGCCAUCUCAUGCUGAUGCAACUUAUGACUUCAAGUAUGGAGUUAGAUCAGUACAGGGGGGUGGUAGAUCUUCAGCAAGAGAAACCAUAGGGAGAGUCGCUGCUGGAGCUGUUGCCAAGAAAAUUCUCAAACUUUAUUCAGGAACUGAGAUCCUUGCUUAUGUUUCGCAAGUUCAUAAUGUUGUACUUCCAGAGGAUUUGGUUGAUAACCAGACUGUGACCCUAGAGCAGAUUGAAAGCAAUAUUGUUCGAUGCCCAAACCCGGAGUAUGCAGAAAAGAUGAUUGCUGCCAUUGAUUAUGUACGAGUGAGAGGGGAUUCUGUUGGUGGUGUUGUAACUUGUAUUGUUAGAAAUGUUCCGCGAGGUCUUGGUACACCAGUCUUUGAUAAACUUGAAGCUGAGUUGGCUAAAGCUUGCAUGUCAUUACCAGCAACAAAGGGUUUUGAGUUUGGAAGUGGCUUUGCAGGUACAUUCAUGACCGGCAGUGAGCAUAAUGAUGAGUUCAUUAUGGAUGAACAUGACAGAAUCAGGACAAGAACCAAUAGAUCUGGAGGUAUCCAGGGAGGCAUAUCAAAUGGAGAAAUUAUCAAUAUGAGAAUAGCUUUCAAGCCAACUUCUACAAUUGCGAGGAAGCAACAGACUGUAAGUAGGGAUAAACAUGAGACUGAACUCAUUGCUCGUGGUCGCCAUGAUCCUUGUGUAGUUCCACGAGCUGUUCCAAUGGUUGAAGCAAUGGUCGCCCUGGUGCUCGUGGAUCAGUUGAUGGCUCAAUAUGCACAAUGUAUGCUGUUCCCAAUCAAUCCUGCAUUACAGGAACCUUUGCAAUUGUCAACAACUGAAUCAGCUGAAAUUACCCUUUAAAAGGAGCGGAUCAGUGUGCGUCCUCUCACUACAUGGUUUCUCACGUUUCUGGCAUUUUGUUUGAAGUGUGUAAUUUUUUGUAGUUCCCAAUGCCUUAAAGAGUUAUACAGUCGAGUGGAGAUAGGUAUACAGCUUUUGUUGCUGGAUCUCACACCAGCAUAUGGAAAGCUGAGUGCAACUACAGAACGCGUGAAUUUUAUGUUGUAUUAUUGUGCGUGUAUAUUUCUACACGUUUUUCUGAGUAUAACUAUGAACGUAAAAGUGACAAUAUUGAUAUUUGCUACUCUAGGGAAGGCCUCCUUGACGCUCUUGUACCAAUUACUUCAAUUAAAUGUUGGAAUUGAUCAUCUUUUAUACUUAA